GCAAACGAAGCUGACAACACCAACCCAAAAACAAGGCAGCAUUAUACAACAGUAUCAUGGCUAAUAUGAUGUACUUCCUUUCUUUUCUGGCAAUUCUAUCAACCCUCCAAGCAAUCCAUGCGGUCGAAUACAGCGUCGCCAACAACGUACCCACCACACCCGGAGGAAUUCGGUUUACGAACGAAAUUGGACUCGAAUACAGCAAGCAAACCUUAAUAUCCGCCACUGAAUUCACCUGGAGCCUUUUCCAGCAGAACUCCGAGGCGGAUAGAAGAACCACCCCAAAGUUAAGCUUAUUCAUCGAGACACUCGGAGCGGGCCAAGUGGCCUUUUCCAGCAAUGACGAGAUUCGUGUAAACGCCGACUACAUCCAAGGCUUCUCAGGCGAUGUCAGGAAAGAGAUCACUGGAAUUUUAUACCACGAGGUGGUGCACUCAUGGCAGUGGAACGGAAACGGGCAGGCCCCGGUGGGUUUGAUAGAGGGCAUCGCAGAUUUCGUGAGGCUAAAGGCCGGGUACGCCGGGAACUGGAGGCAACCCGGGUCAGGUAACAAGUGGGAUGAGGGCUACGAUAUUACGGCAUUGUUUUUGGAUUACUGUAAUGGAUUGAGAAAUGGAUUUGUGGCAGAACUUAACAAGAAGAUGAGGACUGGGUACAGUGAUAACUUCUUUUUUGAGUUGCUGGGGAAGACUGUUGAUCAGCUCUGGAGCGAGUACAAGGCCAAGUAUAACACCUAGAUAACCUAGGUAUAUUGCACUAUUAUAUAUAAUCAUAUAGAUGAAUAAAUCAAUGGAUCGAAGUUAUACUGUAAAAGUGAUUUUGUAUGUUUCGAACGGCGAAUAAAAUUUAUAUGGAAGGCAAAAAAGUAUUAUAAAUCCAUAUUAUUGC